AUGACCAAUAAUUCGUGUAAGAGACUCAAAUACACCCUUGGGGUGAUUCAUUGCCCAGAGACAAAUCAGAUAUUGCUAUUGAAUAGACAAAAAAAGCCUUGGAUGGGCCGGUGGAAUGGUGUAGGAGGAAAGCUUGAUCAUAACGAGACCCCCCAUCAGUGUAUUGUCAGAGAAACAGAGGAGGAAACAGGUCUUUCAUUGCCCCAGUACAAGUCUAGAGGGGUUGUAUUGUGGACAGUCGAUAAUGAAGAUAAUCUAGUGGGAGAAGCCGUGGGAGGCAUGUAUAUCUUUACUGCAGAAGUCACACCAGAACAAGUUGCAAAUUACCCUACACCAAUUAUUUUUGACAAAGAAGGAAUUCUUGAUUGGAAAAACUUAGACUGGGUAUUGAGUAAGGAUAACAUGGGAAUAGUCGAUAAUAUGACCGUUAUAUUGCGGGAUUUAUUUGAUGCUAAAGAGACUGAUAUAUUCAAUACUGUUUACAGGCAAGGAAGACUUAUGAGCUGUGAAUAUCUACCUGGCAAAAACACAGACUACUUGAACUAA